AUGCCUCAUUUCCCAAGCACCUUCCGAAGCAGACGCAACUCGGCACCGCCGCUGAGUCCGUUCGACACCGCUGACACCAUGCCAGAUCGCGCAGGCCGCACCGGCCGCCGCCGGCCCUUCUCGACGCUGAUGAAGAAAUUGGCCAACCUGAAGGGCUCGGCUGGCGAUGGCACGAAGCAGGCGAACGCGAAGCACGGCGCCGACGCCAAAAAUCGGCAGUCCAAGAACAACAGCAACAACCCAUACCCCCAGUCUGGCCCAGUCGGGCUCGGCGUUCCCAUCCAGGACAGCCACUACUCCGUCUCUACAUCUCGCAGCGGCAGGUCGUCGAGCAUCACAUCCAUCGAUCAGGAGAGCGGGUCAGUCAGGUUAUCCACAGAUGGGCUCCCACCGCCGACCGCAGGAGGGCGCUCGAUGGCGCCGACCGUUUCGACGGACCACACGUCGACGGCGCUCUCGCACGGCGCGUCGUCGCUCGCCGGCACCAGCCGCACAGCCAACGGCGGCAUCGAUUCGCGCCGCGGCGGUGACAGCACCUUCUCGUCCCCGGCGCCGUCUGUGCGGUCCCUGACCACGACCCUGACCACGAUACAGUCUAUGGCGCCCAACGGCGCGGCGCCCCCCCAGGCCAACGGCGGCAACAGCAACAGCAGCAGCACGAGCCCGAACCAGUACGCGCACCAGUCGCAGUCCAACUCGCAGAUCAUCCACUUCAACCAGCCGUUCCCCACCAGCUCGCCCGCGUCGGCCAUCCCUGCACACCUGACGCCCGUCAUCAGCGGCGGCGGCGGCGGCGGCGCGGCCUCGACGACGGGGCACCCGACGACGUACGCUAGCGCGACAGCCAACAACCUGCUGACGGACAACGCGUCGAUCCUAACGCUGGCGUCAUCGUCGAAGCGCCGGCGCCGGCGCUCCUUCGACACGGACGCGUCGGUGCGCGCCCUCGCGCCGUCGUCGCUGUUUGGCGGCAGCCGCGAGUCGCUGCCCCUCAGUAUCCUUAGCGCCAACAUGGACGCAGCGCCCGGCGGCGCGGCGCCCACCACGCCCGGCCUGCACCGCGGCCCCAGCGGCAUCGCCAACGAGCGUACCAGCAUCUACUCAGCCACGGGAAUCCUAGCAAGCGAGCGCAACAGCUUUUACGCGAAGCCGACCAUCGGCGGGAGCACAGCGGCAGGGGCAGGGGUAGGAGCAACGGGAGGCGACGCCGCGAGCGUGCGCAGCGGCCUGCUCGGUCACGGCCGCCCUGAUAGCGUCAGCGGCAGCAUCGGCGGCGGGCUCGUCACGGCCACGAGCCCGCUGGCCAGCCCGCGCGACAAGAGCGGCGGGAGCGCCAACGGGAGCGGCGGCGCCGACGAAAAGGACGGCAGCGCUGGGACGAGGGUGUGA